AUGGAUGCGAGCAACGAUGUCGCAUCGAAUGAGGCAGAGUGCAGAGCCACACGUGUGGAGCCAUUAAGUCGAUAUCCUCCUGAAACCGAAGAUCUAAUCAUCCAAGCGUUUGAAGAUGAUCCCACUACAAGUACUAGGAAAGUUGCUGCGGAUCUCGGUAAGCUGUGUGGAGUAGACGAAUUCUAAUUGUUUAUUGUCAAUGUGCGAGUUCGACUAAUAGCAGCGCUGGCGUUGUAGCUCUUGAGCAGUGUCAAUUCGAGUAAAUUAUUCGCCGAUAUAAAGCGACCUAUAUAAUUCCGUGAAUCGGUAGGAGUUGAAUGCAUACCUUCCUGUAGUCUAGAUGAAUACUAUCACUGUCGAGUCAUGGUGACUCGUGAAAAGGUUAGUAACAUAGCUUUGUAUUAUCCAACCACAUACGGCCAACCAUGGACUGCUGUGUCAUGCUAUUUGACAACUGGUGAAUGGGUGUAUCAAAUCUAUGAGCAGCUCGAACCAUCGUAGAAAUCUGUUGGCUUUGUCUGGCAGACAGCAUCUAUCGGUUUGCAAAGAUCGUAAAUUUGCCCCGAUGAGAGAUCAUGUUAGGGUCAAGUGGUGCAAAAAUUUCGGUCAAAAACAAGACAUUCAAUUUUUCCCAAUGCAAAAAAACAAUAACAUUGUAAAAAAUAC